AUGAAGCUUUCAGCUGGGAUACUUUGUGUUAUCGCGGGAUUGGGGAAUGCCUUUGCCCCACAAAGCAGAGGCAAGGCAACUUCAAGCUCCAAGCUGUCGGAUAUCCCAACCAAGUUGAGCUUCGAAGCAACAUUUCCAAGCUGGCUUGUAGAAAACGCUAAUGCAGCAUCUACAAGUCUCAAUGAUCUGAAAGAUUUCAAGGACACACUCUCUAGCCAAGUAUCUUCAGAUUCCGUCAUGAUGCCCGUGAACGUAGAAGAAACAGUCAACAAAAUUCUCAAUUCCGAGCUCUUUCACCUUGCAACGACGGCGUGGCACUUGGAAGCAAUCCUAGCAUUUGGUAUUGGUAGUGCAUUGCUGUGGUUUGUUACAACCCCUGAAAAGUUUGAUGACGCACCAUAUGAACCAGGAACUACCACAUACAGUCCAGAGAAAGCAGCCGAGUUUUAUGCUAAGCGUCCCUUGCAAGUGGGAAAGAGAGUAUUGAAACUCGCCUUUUUGACUGGAAUGUUCAAUGCUGGGGUCCUAUUCGACUGGUUGGUGUUGGGAAAACUCUUGAAGGACGAAGACUACACUGCCCUUCGGAGAAACGAACCUCGUCGAGCGAAGGUUGCUCUUUCACUGUGUGAGAAGCUUGGCCCCACAUUCAUUAAACUGGGACAAGCAUUGAGUAUCAGAACUGAUCUUAUCCCAGAACCAUAUGCUUUAGAGUUGAGACAACUUCAGGACGCCGUCCCGCCUUUUGAUAGCGAUAUCGCAAGAGAAGUGCUUAAGAACGAGCUUGGAGUAUCAGAUUUGAACCUUGUAUUUUCCAGUCUCAGUGAUAAACCUGUUGCAUCUGCAAGUAUUGGGCAAGUGUAUAAAGGCACACUGGUCGCUACAGGAAAGGAGGUCGCAGUGAAGGUCCAACGGCCAGGAAUCCUGGCAGAAAUUGCUCUCGAUCUCCAUGUAUUGAGAAUAUUGACCCCUAUCCAAACGACGCUCCAGAACGCCGCCAACGGGGCAAAAACAUCUCCCGAAGAUAUUCAGGCUGCGAUUUCUUUAGUAGACGAAUGGGGAAGAGGAUUCGUAGCGGAAACAGACUAUCGCUUAGAGGCGGAGAAUACCAUCAACUUUGAAAGUGCUAUGAGAAAGCGAGGAUUGGACGCAGUCUGUGCACCACCUGUCGUCACUGAAUUGGUUAGGGACAAGAUCUUGGUUACAGAGUGGAUCGAGGGUACCCGUCUUGAUAGGGAUGCAUCGCCAGACAUUCCAAGAUUGUGUGGAGUUGCUAUCAACGCUUAUUUGACCAUGCUUCUCGACACUGGAGUCCUUCACUGCGAUCCACACCCAGGUAACUUGUUGCGAACUACUGACGGAAAGCUUUGCAUCCUGGAUUGGGGAAUGACGCUCGAUGUGCCCCCAAAUCUUCAAUAUGCUUUGUUGGAGUUGAUUGCGCAUAUCAACAUUGAAGAUUAUGAUGCCAUCCCACAGGAUUUCAUAAACCUUGGAUUUUCUCCCGAAGGUGUCACGGCUGAUCGUUUGAAGAGUAGUGGAAUCACAGAAGGCUUGACUUUUGCCUUCCGCCAGUUGAGUCAAGGAGGUGGUCCGAAGAAGAUCCAAGAGCGCGUCAAAGAUGAAUUCAAAUCUCGCUAUGGGUCUGAUCUGUCUGAUGAGGAGCUUCGACUUGCUGCUCGGGAAGAUAUGGUUCAACAGAUGCAGAAACAGCUUGCAUCUGAGGGAGUUGACGUUCAGGGAGUGAGCAAUAUUAUGGAAGAAGUCUCGAAGCGAAACCGAGAUCUAUUUAAACUUCCACCAUACGUUUUGUAUGUUGCGCGUGCAUUUUCGACCCUUGAAGGUAUUGGAUUGUCAAUCGAUGAGAACUAUGCCAUUGUUCAAGAGUGUUACCCAUAUCUUGCAAGGAGAUUAUUCACCGAUCGUAGUCCAAGAGCCAAGCGCGCUCUUCGUGCAAUGCUUGGUUUGGCUGAAGAUGCAGACCCUGAGCAAACACUCGUGGCUAUGAACUUGAUGGAAACUGGGAAUAAGAGCGGCGCACUUUCACCCAGUAAACUCUUUGAAAUGUCGGAUGGCUUCGCCAGUUACACUGCGGCUACGGCAAAUGUUGAUCGCGACGGUGCUGGUCAAGAAGCAGCUGUCUUGGAGUUUGUGAAGCUGUUGGUAGAUGAAGAGGGAUCAACAUUGCAAGACAUUUUGGUAGAGGAAACAGCAAGGCUUGGAGAUGCUGCGACGCGAUCUGCUCUGAAGGCUGGAUUUGUCGACAGUGCAGCUGCCAAAGUAGCAGCCAAUGUACUACGAACACCAAGAGAUUUGUUGCAGCAGAGUCCACUGGUAUCGGUAUUUCCCAAGUUUUUGAAGGAGGCUAUCGUAGACAGACCAGCUGAAUUGCCAGACCUGAUCGAAUCUCUUUUGAGUCAUAACGAAGAGGAUGAAAGGAUUUUGUCGACCGCGACCGAACUCAGAGAUAUCCUCUCUUCGCGUUUGGCAGCACAGGAAGAUAGGGAAGGAGAGAGAAUAUCGUCCCCAAAUGCAUCCUUGGACGCUUCCGCAAUUCGAGAGCUCCUAGCAGACGAAAAGACGCGAAAUUUGAUUCUGGAGCAAGUUCCAGGGUUUGCAGCACUUGGUAGGAGGUUAGGUGCUGGUCUACUUCGAAGAGCUGCUUAUCGCACGGAUAGAGCUCAUGCGCUUCCCGAAGACGCCAGAAAUCAGCUAGCUGAUAUGAAUCGUAGACUGGCAAAGGCUCUCGACGUUGAAGAGAAAGAAUCAGUUGACGCGUAG